AUGCCCGUGACGUGGUGACUUUGCUGGCUGGGAAGAACGAUACUCUAGAACGCGUCUUCAAUCUGGAGGCAGAGUGUUUCACCGUUCACGGUGAUGAAGCCGAUGCAAGGGAGAAUUUGACACAUUCAAAUGGAAGCAUGGGUCGGGGAGGAGUGGGUGUAUUCAAUUGCUCAUGACAAUAUGCCAUGUUCUGGACCGAGCGAGGUUGCCCUUCAAGUCCAAGACCGACUGGCGAGGUUCCUCAAUCAAAUUCUGUUCUUGGAUUCCGCCGGCACAAAUAAGAGAGGUAUUCGAUGACCUUUUUCGCUCACCGCGCUUUCUCCUGCAUGCGUUCAUGGGAGCACCUGCGGGUUGCGCCCAGCCUCUUCCCACGGGGAGGGGGGAGUAUCGAGCCAACGUAUACUCAUGUAGCGCCCCUUGCUCCUCGAUGUCCGCCGCCGAACAAACCCGCUCAGGUGACCCCAGUAAGUCUGGCCGAACCGAUUGCCACCAUCAUGCCAACCAGCCGUCGUCCUCGCUUCAUCCCUGGCCGCUGCGUCGCAUCCGCGGUCCACGCGUAAAGCCUCCCAUGCUGCAGCUGAUCUUUACUGGGAAGAGGACGGUAGCUCCCCGCCCUUUUAUGACGUGUUCGGUUAAGGCAAGCUGUCAGAAUACUCAGGAGUCAUGUCAUGACAGGCCUUGUCAACCACAGCACGCUGCCGGAUAAGGGCCUAGGUAGUACUAUACUACCCCUCGCAGGGAGGAUCUCGGGAGGCUAGAAGGAUGGCCCAUGGCCAAAAAUCACUGUU